UCGUCGUGGUGCCGAUUGCACCAUAAUAUUUUGCUGUCACUUAACCAAACGGCGUAGGAUUUUGUGCCGGAAUUUAGGUCCGGGAACGAUGUGAGGUGGCCAUCCAGUUCGAUUAGCUAACAAAGCAUCCCUAUACCGUACCGCAACAUACACAGAUACAGAUAGAGCUAUUGGGAAUGUAUACACUUCGCCAUCGAUUUGUGGCACUCGGUAGAAGCUGUGAGCGAGAGUAUCAUGCUCUACCGAAAAAGGCCAGUACCAUUGCAUCCACCAGACAGCAGUACGGCAAUGAAAACUGCCGGCUGCUAGUACGCCAACUAGAACCUAACCUCAUCCGACCGGGUGUCCUCUCAAGCGGACUGUUUUGGGAGCGUCAUCGGAAGGGUGGCUACGAGAAGGAGCAUCGCGUUCUCACCAAGGAAUCGAUCAUCAACGGACUGAAGGAGCUGAGGACGGAGUUUGCUCUGUUUCAGCAGGAAUGGAAGGAGAAGCUCGAGAGCGAUCCGCUCGUUGUGUUCCGGCCGGGUGAGAUCGAUGUAGCGUUCGGGUUUGAAAAGCAAGAGGAACUAGACCGGUGGGUCGUUACCACGGACAAGGAUCACGGUGAAGGAUACUCGCAGGCAACGCUUGAACUAAGCCCGGCUGGGUAUGGGUUGUUUCACGGGACGCUAGAAUCACGGGUACCGAAGGAUGGGCGUAUCAAGCGGGCCGGUUAUGCUAAUAUCAAGAGUCUACGCGUAAGGAAGUCUUUUAAGCGGGAUGCAUUCUACGACUGGAGCCAGUACAAUACGCUAGUGCUGAAAGUACGCGGCGAUGGACGCUCGUACCUGAUUAAUCUAACCGCGGAAGGUUAUUACGAUAUCCUGUGGAACGAUAUCUACCACUAUGUGCUGUACACUCGCGGUGGUCCACACUGGCAGAUUGCGAAAAUUCCCUUCUCGAAGUUCUUCCUAGCGUCGAAGGGUCGCGUGCAGGAUCAGCAGGGACCGGUGCCGCUGAACCGGAUCACGAAUGUGGGUUUCUCCGUUGGGUCUCGGGGUGGCCACGAGGGUAGCUUUCGCCUAGAAUUUGAUUUUAUCGGGCUGGAGUUUGAUCCGUCGCAUCAGGAAGAGUUUGCGUACGAAAUGUACCGUCAGCCGAAGUAUAUUGUAGGGACGUAGAGAACAAAAUCCUUGAAGUUGAGCUGCUUUGUUUAGGAAAGUUGGAUGAAAUAGAUACGCUUAUCUCAUGCUAAUGAA